GUAAAACCAGCAGCGGCAACUGACCUUUCUGUUUCCUCCUCGUCACCUGGUCCUUGUGGUGGCAGACGGGGCACGAGGACCAUGUUGGGCAGGACCCUCCGAGAAGUUUCUGUGGCACUGAAACAAGGCCAAGUCACGCCAACCGAGCUCUGUCAAAGAUGCCUCUCCCUUAUCAAGAAGACUAAGUUUCUAAAUGCGUACAUUACUGUAUCAGAAGAAGUGGCCUUAAAGCAAGCUGAAGAAGCAGAGAAAAGAUAUAAAAAAGGUCACUCACUGGGGGAUUUAGAUGGAAUUCCUAUUGCAGUAAAAGAUAACUUCAGUACAUCCGGCAUUGAGACAACCUGUGCAUCAAACAUGCUGAAAGGUUAUGUACCACCUUACAAUGCCACAGUAGUUCAGAAGUUGUUGGAUCAGGGAGCUCUACUAAUGGGAAAAACAAACUUAGAUGAGUUUGCUAUGGGAUCUGGAAGCACAGAUGGCAUAUUUGGACCAGUUAAAAACCCGUGGAGUUAUUCAAAACAAUAUAGAGAAAAGAGGAAGCAGAACUCGCACAGUGAGAAUGAGGAUUCAAAUUGGCUUAUAACCGGAGGAAGUUCAGGAGGAAGUGCGGCGGCUGUGUCAGCGUUCACGUGCUUUGCGGCUUUAGGAUCAGAUACAGGAGGAUCAACCAGAAAUCCAGCUGCCCACUGCGGGGUUGUUGGUUUAAAACCAAGCUAUGGCCUAGUUUCUCGUCAUGGUCUCAUUCCCCUGGUGAAUUCAAUGGAUGUGCCAGGAAUCUUAACCAGAUGUGUGGAUGAUGCAGCCACUGUGUUGGGUAUACUAGCUGGGCAUGAUCCCAAAGAUUCUACCACAAUUCAAGAUCCUGUUAAACCAUUUACGCUUCCCAGUUUGACAGAUGUGAGCAAACUAUGUAUAGGAAUUCCAAAGGAAUAUCUUACACCAGAAUUGUCAAGUGAAGUACAUUCUCUUUGGUCCAAAGCUGCUAAUCUCUUUGAGUCUGAGGGGGCCAAAGUAAUUGAAGUCUCCCUGCCCCAUACCAGUUACUCAAUUGUGUGUUACCACGUAUUGUGUACAUCGGAAGUGGCAUCGAAUAUGGCAAGAUUUGAUGGGCUAGAAUAUGGUCACAGAUGUGACAGUGAUGUGUCUACUGAAGCCAUGUAUGCUGCAACCAGGCGAGAAGGGUUCAAUGAUGUGGUGAGAGGGAGGAUCCUCUCGGGAAACUUUUUCUUAUUAAAAGAAAAUUAUGAGAAUUAUUUUGUCAAAGCACAGAAAGUGAGACGGCUCAUUGCUAAUGAUUUUGUGAGUGUUUUUAACUCUGGAGUGGACGUGCUGCUAACUCCCACGACCUUGAGUGAGGCAGUGCCGUACACAGACUUCAUCAAGGAAGACAACAGGACCCGCAGCGCCCAAGACGACAUCUUCACACAGGCCGUAAAUAUGGCAGGAUUGCCAGCUGUGAGUGUCCCUAUGGCCCUCUCAACCCAAGGGUUGCCGAUAGGACUACAGUUUAUUGGACGUGCAUUUUGUGACCAGCAGCUUCUUACAGUUGCCAAAUGGUUUGAAAAACAAGUCCAGUUUCCUGUUAUUCAGCUUCAAGAACUAAUGGAUGAUUGCUCAUCAGUCUUUGAAAAUGAAAAGUUAGCUUCGGUUUCUCUAAAAUAGUGAUAACUAUAUUGUGCACAUUAUAAUGACUUUUAAAGGUUUUUAUAUUCUAGAGAAGUCAGGUGUUCUUGAAAUUUGGCUCAUUGUUGACAUAGUCACUCCUUGGAGUCAUUUUUUAAAAUUCUUGUGAUUACAAUUAUAAAUGUCAGCGUUUAUUCAGCAUCCACUCAGUAUAAACCAAAGUACAAGAGACCUGGGUUCAAUCCCUAGGUCGGAAAGAUCCUCUGGAGGAGGCCACGGCAACCCACUCCAGUAUUCGUGCCUGGAGAACUCCAUGGACAGAGGAGCCUGCGGGCUACAGCCCAUGGGGUUGCAAAGAGGCAGACACAUUCACUCAAGUAGAAACCAAGUACAGGAUUUCUAUUAUAAUACGAGAUACAUGUUGCUAAAA